GUAUCUUACUUUCCUCCAAUUGCUAAUACGUUGUCGCGGUUAGCCAUCAUUGUUGUGUACGACCUUCCAUACCCCUCAUUGUUAAUACUACUGUUACCUUCCUGUUGUUCUUUGCUGUUGUGUGCAUUGAGAUCUUGUUUCUGUGCGAGUGAGCAUCUAAAUAUUGGACGAUACCCUUAUUCGAGUAAAUAAGCCAGCGUUGUGAACCUCGAGCAAUGGCGGAUGCUCAGAACGACGGCGCCUGUUCAACGAAGCCAUCGGUGCUGAUAGUUGGAGCUUUGGGCUAUGUCGGCCGCUUCCUCGCUUUACACAUCCACAAUAAUCACCUCGCUUCCGAAGUCCGCCUCGUUGACAAGCAGCUUCCCGAACUCGCCUGGCUAGCCCCGGAGUUCUCUAAAGCCGUAUCGAAAGACAACUUCAUGCAGGCAGAUGCCUCUCAAGAACAGAACCUCUCCCGCAUCUUCGACCGCCCCUCAGACGCCCAAUUCGACUAUGUCUUCAACUGCGGCGGCGACACCCGCUACGCUCAAGAAGACGAAGUCUACAAAGUCCGUUCCUACAACCUCUCCCUAUCCCUCGGCCGCGAGGCCGCAAAGCGGCGUAUCAAAUGCUUCCUGGAGCUCUCCACCGGCAUGGUGUACAAACCGGACCCUGCGCCACGAAAAGAGAACGCAAAGGUCAAGCCAUACCUGAAGCUCGCCAAGUGGAAGCUUCAGGCCGAAGAAGACCUGGCGAAGGUGGAGGGGCUGAAUUUGGUGGUGAUGCGGCUGGCGCACGUGUAUGGGCCGUAUACGGCGAAGUAUCUGAGCACGGCGCUGUGCAUGGCGCGGGUGUAUCAGUAUUUGGAGAAGGAGAUGAAGUGGUUGUGGGAUAAAGACCUGCGGCAGAAUACAGUGCACGUGGAGGACGUGGCGCGGGCGUUGUGGACGGCGGCGGGGUGGUAUGCGGAGAAGGGAGAGGUGAAGCCGGCGCCGAUUUUUAAUAUCGUGGAUCAUGGUGGGACGACACAAGGGACUUUCGCCACCAUCGUUCACGAAAUCUUCGCGAUUCCGACCGGAUUCCAGGGGCAUAUCAUUUCUACGUUCGCGCGUAUGCACCUUGACAGCGUGGUCGAGGAUGUGAAUGACGAGACGUUGGAUCCGUGGGCUGAACUGGAGAUGAAGGCCAAUAUCACACAGGCGACGCCGCUAAAUCCGUACAUGGAGAAGGAGUUGCUAAAAGACACGGAUUUGAGUUUGGAUGGGAGCGCGUUCGAGAUUGCAACGGGGUUUAGUUACGACCAUCCGCAAUUGACAACAACCGAAGUGGAAGCGGUGAUUGAAAGCUACAAGAAGAUGAAUUGGUGGCCAUGACGGCCUCCGCCACAAUCCCUUCCUACGUCCCUUCUUCUCCCUUCCGGUUUGCAGCACUUUCUGGCGACACCUGACAUUGGAUGCGCAUGACGAGACGGCCCAUUGAUA